AGUAGUUAAAGCAAAUGGCAAGUGAAUUAUCCAUCCGCCGCGGCCAGGUUCACGUGCCAGAAACCUGUGCUUGGUGUGAAAGCAUACAGGAAGUUAACUGGUUUUGUAAUGACUGCCAGGAGGCUUUGUGUGACAAAUGUAAGGACGGCCACCAACGUGGGAAGAAGACACGGAAUGAUGACGUCGUGCCAAUAAGAGAGGCUAACAAACAAGAUCAAGUAGUACUACCAGAGGUAUGUAAGAUACAUCGAGGUAAGACUUGUGACUUGUACUGUAGUGACUGUGACAUUGUGAUGUGUACGAUGUGUUUUACUGAGAAACAUAAACAACACACUUUCAAAAAUAUUAAGGAGGAAAUUGACUCGCAAAAACAUUACAUGCAAGAUCAAUUAAAAAUACUCAAGUCCAAGUUAGACCAUUUUGAUGAUAAUCUAUCAAAGCGUCAUGAAGUGAGCAAGUCAUUCAUAGAGAACGUGGCUGUCAUCCGACACCAAGUACUUACUCAGAGACAGAAACUGAAAGCACAGGUUGAUUCCAUAGCUGAUACAUUCUUGAUCGAGUUAUCGUCCUUGGUUGAAGAAGAAGAAAUACUUCUCAAACAGGAAUGUCAACCCAACGAAAAUUAUAUCAAAGAGAUAAAGCAGCUGAUCAGAGAUGUAGAGCAGAACACAGACACAAUGUCUAGUACAUCAUUGUUUGAGCUGACGGGGAGACUGAGAACCACCAUACCGCUCUAUUAUGUUGCUACAAAGAGCGUGUUACCUUACCCACCUCACUUCGUGUCUGGAACAUUUAACGCAGAUCAGUUGAAGUCAAUGAUUGGAUAUCUUCAGGUCGACAAAUUGAAGACUGAAGACAUCAGAUAUAAGAAGAAAGAGGUUGACAGAAAAAAGGUUAGUCAGAUUUCUACAUUCCGAGAACGAAAGCAAACACAAAUCAACUCGAUAUGUCCUAUUGACGAUAAUCACGCAUGGAUGUCAGUACGUGGAUCUACAGAAGUGAUCAAAGUUAACAAGAACGGCAAGGUCACAGAGUCCGUCAGCCUCGACUUCAGCCCGUGGUUUCUGAAAGUGACUGACACGAAAGAACUACUGACCACGUGUGGUUCAUCAGUGAUACACAAAAUAUCAAAGGACAUACAAGUGACCAGAUUUACUGACAUCAGUCCGCUUAAAGCUUGUGGUAUCAGUGUCAGUGACAGUGACGAGGUGCUCGUUACUACUCACACUACAACAAUACAGGUACUGAACAUGUCCGGGGAGAGGAUCAGACAAAUCUCGUGUGGAGGUGAUGGGCUGAGUAUCGUAUGUUUGACAACAGGAAAAAUAGCGGUCACCAAUGGCGCGAAUAUUUAUUAUUGUAAAGAAAUGAUUGUCAUCAACAAAUCUGAUCAGGUUAUACAUAAGUGGAUUGGGGAACUGGACAAUGGUCAGAAGUUAGAAGAGACGGUGCAAUGUAAUAUAGCAAGUGAUAGAUAUGACAGAGUGUUUGUACCAGACAUGAACACUGGCCAGGUAUACGUCCUGUCAAUGAAUGAAAGAAAGGUCAAGUGUCUCCUUGACAAGAAACAUGGAGUAAAACUUCCAACGGCUGUGUGUAUAGACAGGUGUGGACAUGUUUGGAUCGGCUGUGAGAAUGGCACUGUGCAUGUGAUGGCACUAUGAACAAAUAAGUCUGUUUGGACAUUAAAUAACAUUAUCUUACAGUGGUUAUAUCAAUUGUAAAGCUCAUAUCCGCUGACGCCGCAAUGUUACCCGAAUAUUUCAUCUACACUGUAAAAAUGUCACCGGUACAUAAGAAAAUGCUAUAGUGUCGUAUGCUCAAGUUUAAUAUGAUCCUGUUUGUAUUAAUUUUAAUAUGAUAAAAAAAAUCAUUUUGCA